AGAAAAAAAAAAAAAAAAAGGUUGUAUAGAGAGAGGCAUGAAACUGAAACCUUUUCUAGAGAGAGAAACAAAGCUCUGAUUCCUCUUUCCGCAUUUGUCGGCGAGAUUUGCUGGUAACGCUCUUCCAGGACUACGGCGACUAGCAUAGGCAGCUCAGGCUAAUCCUUUGUUUUUCAUUUCCUCUCAGAUCAAAGUUAAGCACCUUUCUGUUUUUCUUUUGGCAAUGCGGCUAUUUUAUUCGACAUAACUUGGGGUUUUUACUUUUUAUUUGUUCUGGGUUGUCAUGGUAUGAAUUUCUAGCCGUUGCUUGCGAGUCUAAAUUCUUGAACCCACUUAUCUUCAUUUGUGCUCUGUAACCAAACAAUGUCUUGAGCAGUUGCAUUUACAGAUUAUUGAAGAAAAAGAAAAUGAGAAGCCUACUACUUGGUCUUUUAUUUCUGAUUCGUUUCUCUCCAUUAUUUGCCGACACUUUUAACCCUUCUUUGAGCGACGAUGUUCUGGGCUUGAUUGUCUUCAAAUCUGAUAUUAAAGAUCCCGCUGACAAAUUACGUUCUUGGGUCGAAGAUGACGCCAGCGCAUGUUAUUGGACUGGGGUAACAUGUAACAAUAAAUCCAGUAGAGUCUCUCAACUUAAUCUCACAGACUUUGGCCUCUCUGGUAAAUUAGGAAGAGGGCUCCUAAAAUUGAAGUUUCUCUCAAAACUUCUCCUCUCUAGAAAUAAUUUUACCGGAAGUUUGAGCCUCAACUUUUCUCAGCUCUCUAAUUUGACGGUAUUGGAUUUGAGUGAAAAUGGCUUUUCCGGGUCUAUUCCAGAUGAACUGUUCAAGCAAUGUGGGACUUUGAGAUCUGUUUCCUUGGCCAGAAACAAAUUAUCAGGCCCUAUUCCGGUGAGUUUAGCCUAUUGCUCGUCUCUUGUUUCGGUCGAUUUCUCUGGCAAUCAAUUUUCUGGGUCUCUGCCUUUGGGUAUUUGGUCAUUAUCUGGGCUCAGGUCACUCGAUUUGUCUGACAACAUGCUGGAGGGUGAGAUCCCUGAGGACAUUCACAGUUUGAAAUACUUGAGGACUUUAAGUUUGAGAAACAAUAGGCUUAGCGGUAAGGUGCCGGAUGGAAUUGGGAAUUGUUUGUUGUUGAGGUUAAUCGAUUUGAGCUUCAAUUCGUUUUCUGGAGGGAUACCUAACAAAUUGCAGAAGCUUUCUUUCUGCAGAGUCUUAGGUUUAGGUGGAAAUGGUUUUACAGGAAAUGUGCCCAAAUGGAUAGGGGAAAUGAGAAGCCUUGAGACCCUCGAUCUUUCUGAAAAUAACUUUAGCGGCCAAAUUCCAGAUUCUUUCGGAAAGCUGAGAUCUCUGAAGUUUUUAAAUGUAUCCAAGAAUGCCCUUAGUGGAAGCUUGCCCGAUUCUCUGAGCAAAUGUGAGAAUCUCUUAACUGUUGAUGUAAGUCGCAAUUCCUUGACUGGCAAUUUUCCUUCAUGGGUCUUCAAAAUUGGUCUUCAGCAAGUUGUAUUUUCAGACAACGGAUUAAAUGGGAGCUUUGCAAACGCUCUGGCUUCGUCGAGUGAAAUUGCCCGCAAACAGCUUUUGUAUUUGGAUGUUUCCCAAAAUAAGCUGUCGAGUGAAAUCCCACCUGUUGUUGGGGAUUUCAAGAGCUUGCAGUUGUUGAAUAUGUCAAGGAAUUCGUUCAGAGGCGGGAUUCCUGAAGCUAUCUGGCAGCUGAAGAGCUUAAAAUUUCUCGAUUUGAGCGAGAAUCAGUUAACGGGCGUCAUCCCAAGGGAGAUCGGACUAAACCUAUCGCUAAUAUCCUUGUCUUUUGCUCACAACCUAAUCACGGGCCCGAUCCCCCCAUCCUUCGCAAACCUCGCCAACCUCCAAACCGUCAACCUCUCAUUCAACAACCUCACAGGCUCUCUCCCGAAGCCCCUUGCCAACCUCGUCUCCCUCCACUCGUUCGACAUCUCCCACAACAAUCUCCACGGUGACCUCCCCUCCAGCCCCUUCUUCAACACCAUCGACCCUUCCUCCAUCUCCGCCAACCCCUCCCUCUGCGGCUCCGCUGCCAACACCACCUGCCCCAAAGUCCUCCCGAAACCCAUCGUCCUCAACCCCAACUCCACAAACCCCUCCAACCCCACCACCCACAUUCCCCCCACCUUCCCCACUCGCGGCAAGAAAAUCCUCAGCAUCUCUGCCCUCAUCGCCAUCGGCGCCGCAGCCUCCAUCGUCGUCGGCGUCAUCGCCGUCACUGUCCUCAACCUCCGCGUGCAAGCCGCCGCCGCCGCCUCGCUGCCCCGUGCCGCUGCCCUCGACUUCUCUCCGUCGAGCCGCUCUCCGUCCAGCGCCAGCUGUGAGGAGGAGUCGGGGAAGCUCGUCAUGUUCUCGAAAGUCCCAGGGCUCGCCGCCGCCGCCGCUGGUCACGCGCUCCUGAGCAAGGAUCGCGAGCUCGGGCGCGGAGGGUUCGGCGCCGUCUACCGGAGUGCGCUCGCCGACGGGCGGCCCGUGGCCGUGAAGAGGCUGGCGGUGUCGGGACUCGUCAAGUCCGAGGAAAGUUUUGAGCAUGAGGUGAGGAAUUUGGGGCGGGCCCGCCACAUCAACCUCGUGGCCCUCGAGGGCUAUUAUUGGACUCCAUCCCUCCAGCUUUUGAUCUACGAGUUUGUCUCUGGGGGGAGCUUGUACAAAUGUCUUCACGAGAGCGUGGGGAGGAGGGUCGUCCUCUCUUGGGACGAGAGGUUCGGAGCUAUACUCGGGACGGCCCGCGGGCUGGCCCACUUGCACCGGAUGGGAAUCAUUCAUUACAACAUUAAAUCGAGUAAUGUGUUGAUUGAUGAGAGUUCGGGGGAGGUUAAGGUGGCGGACUACGGGCUGGCGAAGCUGCUGCCGAUGCUGGAUAGGUAUGUGCUGAGCAGCAAGAUUCAGAGCGCGCUCGGGUACAUGGCGCCGGAGUUUGCUUGCAAGACGGUGAAGAUAACGGACAAGUGUGACGUGUAUGGGUUCGGGAUAUUGGUUCUUGAGAUGGUGACGGGAAGGAGGCCGGUGGAGUACAUGGAGGAUGAUGUGGUGGUUCUGUCGGACAUGGUUAGGGGGGCUGCGGAGGAAGGGAGGGUGGAGGAGUGUGUGGAUCCGAGGUUGGGAGGGAAGUUUCCGCUGGAGGAGGCAAUUCCGGUAAUCAAGUUGGGAUUGGUUUGUACGUCUCAGGUGCCGUCCAGCAGGCCGGAGAUGGCGGAGGCUGUCAAGAUAUUGGAGCUUAUUAGGUGUCCCUCCGAAAGCAAUGAUUCGUUGGGCUGAUUUUUAGCUGAUUAAUUUCAUCCGUUUAGAGAUUGACUGGCUGGCUGGAUGAUGAUGUGGCGAAAAAGAAUCCGGUUUUGUACCAUUUUUUUUUUAUUUUUUUUAUUUUAUUUUUGGAAGGUCUUCUUUGUCCGUGUCUUGAUUUGCUUGUGGGCGGUUGUUGGUUGACUGACCGGAUUCUUGUUCACCGCCUUUCCAGGAUUUGGAUGCUUGCUUGACUGAUACUUUGUUUCUCUACGUGUUUGGCAUAUUAUUCAACUUCUGAUUUAUGUUUGUGUGUUCAGGAUUUUUAAGUUUUUUUGCCUUCUAUUGAUGGAUUUGUUUGUGGGGACUGGUGGGGUAUCUUAACUGGUG